AUGUCACAACCCAGCUUCACCUGUCUGCAAUGUCGUCUACGGAUUCUCUCGCGAGCUCCACGCCAUUAUUACCACUCCUCACCGCGCCUCUAUUCUGAAGCACCACGGCCAUCCUUAGCACCUAAAGUCUCAAUCGACAUCAAGCACAUCCGGCAAAAUGCCGCCCUACACGAGAAUAAUUGCCUGGGGCGCAACUACAAAAAGCAGGCUGAAUAUCCCGCACGCAUAAACAGCCUCUUCGAACGAUGGCAUGGCUAUCAACGCGAAGCUCGCAGCUUGCGCGAGCGCAACAAUAGAUUGAAGCUGCAGCUUGCGAACCCGACGACCCUGCGCGAUGAGGAGUCCGAGGAUGUGCGGCGCAUCAGGCAGAUGACCAAGCAGGAGAUCAUCGACGAGGCGAAGUCGUUGAAGGUGCAGUUGUCAAAGAUUGAGGAGGAGGAGUCAGCUCUCACGACGCAAAUAGAUGCGCUGGCGGCUGCGAUACCGAAUCUCACGAGCAAGGAGACACCGCAAGGCAAUGACCCGACUGUUGUUGGUUAUAUCAACCAACACCCCGAGUCUGAUCCAGCGGCUUCCGACCGAGUUUGGCGCUCCCAUGUGCAUAUCGGGACUGAGCUUAAUUUGCUUGAUUUUGCGGGUGCAGCGACGACGAGUGGGUGGGGAUGGUAUUAUCUCUUGAACGAGGCGGCACAGCUCGAGCAGGCUCUUGUACAAUAUGCCCUUGGGGUAGCUAGGAAAAGAGGAUGGGGAAUGGUCAGUCCGCCGAGUAUGGUGUACAGUCACAUUGCAGCAGCCUGUGGGUUCCAGCCCAGGGAUCAAAAUGGGGAGCAGCAGAUAUACAAUAUCCAGCAGAAUUCGAGCGACGUGGGUCGGAAACCAGGACUCAGUCUUGCGGGUACGGCGGAAAUUCCCUUAGCGAGCAUGAAGGCCAAUACCAUUCUUGAUGAGGCGGAGUUACCGGCAAAACGGGUUGGGGUGUCGAGGAGUUACAGAGCAGAAGCUGGCGCGAGGGGCAUGGACACGAAGGGUUUAUAUCGUGUCCAUGAGUUUACCAAGGUGGAGAUGUUUGCUUGGACAAAGCCGUCUACUGAGGCAUCUGUGGCUGUAUUCGACGAGAUGGUAUCGAUCCAAACCGAGAUCUUGACUAGCCUUGGCCUUCACUGUCGUAUCCUCGAAAUGCCAAUCACAGAUCUCGGUGCAUCAGCGACCCGCAAGCGAGACAUCGAAGCUUUUUUCCCUUCGAGAAGAUCGAAAGAUAAUGGAUGGGGGGAGGUCUCGUCUGUCAGCACAUGUACGGACUACCAGACUCGAAGACUAGCUACGAGGGUUGAUAUCAGGACGCUGGGAGGCAAGAUUGCGUUUCCUUACACAGUCAAUGGAACUGCUUUGGCAGUACCCAGAGUCCUGGCUGCGAUUCUGGAGAACGGGUGGGACGAGGCACGAGGGGAGGUCGAGAUACCCGAGGUUUUGCGGCCAUGGAUGGACGGAAUGAAAGUCAUCAGCAAGAAAUCUUAUUAA